CCGAACCUAGAACAUUGUAAAACAUGGCCACAGUUUUCCAUCGGAACAAUAUCACGGAGCGAUCACCCCAUAUGAAAACGGAGGGGCAAAGCACCACAGCAGGGGAGGCACCAGAGGGGACAGCAAAAUCUCUUCGCGUCCUCCAGGACGGGAGCAUCAGGAAAUUCCUUCAGAGGAGACCAGGAGUUCAGGCGCAUCAGGAAGCAGGGGACGGUCCCCUUUCCCUUGCCCAGUGGGAAGCCCAGUGGCAGGAGUUCCUCAGAACAAUGGAAAACCCUCACUCUGGAUGGGGAAUCCCACAUUUGUCGGGUAAGCCAUCACCCUGGGAGGAUGCCAAGGCCUUCCUGGCCUCCUUUGAGCAAGUGGCUGAAGCCUGUCAGUGGCGCAAGGAAGAGUGGGUGACCCGACUCCUGCCAGCCCUCAGCGGAGAAGCCCAAGAGGCCUUUAACAGUCUGGAUCUUAGAGACAGAGAGGAUUAUGGGAAGGUAAAAACAGCCAUCUUGCGAGCUGAUGCAAUGAGCCAGGAGAAGCAACGCCAGCAGUUCAGGCAUUACUGUUAUCAGGAGGCUGAAGGGCCACGGGGGGCUUACAGCCACCUCCAGGAAAUGUGCCGUGGGUGGCUGAGAGUGGAGAAUCACAACAAGGAGCAGAUCCUGGAGCUCUUGAUCCUUGAGCAGCUGCUGACCAUCCUACCCCCAGAGAUCCAGAGCUGGGUGAGGGAAAACAAUCCCGAGAAUUGCUCCCAGGCAGUGGCCCUGGCCGAGGAGUUCCUCUUAAGGCAGGAGAAGCAGGUGCUCUUGGAGGAUGCAUCUGGGGGACAAGAUCUACCUGAGAGCAAGUGGAGGCUGGUGUUGAUGGGCAUCAAGGAAGAAGAGAACACAGAGACCAGCCUGCUGGCAGAAGAUGUAGAGGAGACGGCCAGGGAAUUCCGGGGGUUCUCACUGGAAAAAACAAAGGGCAAAGAGUCUGAAGAAAUCUUUAGGGAUCAAGACAGACCAGAGAAGAAGGAGGGAAGUCAUGCAGAAAAGAUAAGGGAAAAAUUCAAAGGAGAGGGCUUGAAUGAAAUCUCAGUCCAAGAAGAAAGCUCAGCCCAAGACAGAAAGAACAAAGUCCUCUGUGAUAACCAGAGGAGCCAGUGCUGGGAAAAUGAAAAUGAAACUGUGGCAUUUGGAAGCACCUUCAGUCAGAGCAUGAACGUUAUUUUCCAGGAAAAAGUUGACUCAGGGGAGAAUGUGUAUAAUUACUUGGAGUGUGAAAAUACCCUUCCUUCCCAGCAAAGAUUUCACUCAGGGGUUGAUCAGGAGAAUGAGGAGGACAAGGAACUGCAUCAGGUAUCACCAGAUGAAGCCAAGAAUCAAGAGCUGAAAGGAAGUUUCAUGACUCUCAGUGGACCCAAGAAGCAGAAAGGAAGCCAGAUGGUGGAGAAGGGGGAUGAACCCAUUGCUUGCCAAGGAGGGAAUUUACAUGAAGAAAUUCAUAUGUAUGAGUGCUUGGAGUGUGGAAUGAACUUUUCAGAUCAAUCCCAUUAUAAUAUCCAUUUGCAAAAGCACAGUGGAAGGAAGACCCACCAAUACUCAGAGGGGGGAAGGAGCAUUCACACAUCAGAGCUCCUUAGAUAUGAAAGAAUCCAUACAGGAGAGAAACCAUAUAGCUGCUCAGACUGUGGGAAGAGCUUCUUACAGAAAGCAAAUCUUAUUCAGCAUCAAAAGAUUCAUUCGGAAGAGAAGCCAUCGAUCUGUUCAGAGGCAGGAAAUACUUUCUCUGAUGGAAGAAAGUCCAAUGUACACUUUCCAAAGCGUAUUGUGAUAAAGCCACAUAAAUGUUUUCCAUGUGGAAAGUGUUUCAGAUACAAAUCAGAGCUCCUUGCACACCAAAGAAUCCACACAGGUGAGAAACGUUUUGAAUGCUCCGAGUGUAGGAAGGACUUCAACUGGAGUAGCGACCUUCAACGGCAUCUAAGAACCCACACAGGAAAGAAACCUUUUGAAUGCUCCGAGUGUGGAAAGAAAUUCAGUCAAAAUUCUCAUCUUCAACAGCAUCUAAGAAUCCACAAAGAUAACAAAGCUUUUCAGUGCUCCGAGUGUGGAAAGAACUUCAACUGGAGUGGUGAUCUUCAGCGGCAUCUAAGAACCCAUAGAGGGGAGAAAUUUGAAUGCUCCAUUUGUGGAAAGAAAUUCAGUCAGAGUUGCUAUCUUCUACAGCAUCGAAGAACCCACACAGGCGAGAAACCUUUUGAAUGCUCCAAGUGUGGAAAGAAAUUCAGUCAGAAUUACUGUCUUCAGCAGCACCAAAGAACCCACACAGGUGAGAAACCAUUUGAAUGUUCCGAGUGUGGAAAAAAAUUCAGUCAGAAUUCUCAUCUUCAACAGCAUCUAAGAAUUCACAAAGAUGACAAAGCUUUUCAGUGCUCUGAGUGUGGAAAGAACUUCAACUGGAGCGGUGAUCUUCAACGGCAUCUAAAAACCCAUAGAGGGGAGAAAUUUGAGUGCCCCAUUUGUGGAAAGAAAUUCAGUCAGAGUUGCUCUCUUCCACGGCAUCUAAAAACCCACAGGGGGAGAAACCUUUUGAAUGGUCGAACUGCUGAAGGAAAUUCAGUCAGAAAUCUGCCCUUCAACAGCAUCAAAGAAUACACAGAAGGGGAAACCAUGUAGUUACUUAGCCUAUGACUCAAGCUUGUCUUGUAUUUCUUACCUUAAAGACCAUAGAGUUCAGAGUUGAAACCAUAUAUAUUCUUUUAAAGAUUUUGCAUCUGCUCAGAAACCUUACUGUAACCGUAGAAGAGAAAGAAAUAAAAAUCAAAUUCGGGAGAAAAUGUAUAAAUGCUCAGAUUGGGGGAAGAGUUUUAACCAUAAUUGAAGCCUCAAAUACAUAUCAUGGGGGAGACAGCAAGGAAGUGCUGUCAGGGUUAAAGGAACUUCAAGGCUAGCUCUGCCCUCCUUAACCAUCAAGGAAUCCACACAAUGCCAAGACCACGGCUAUACAGCCUGGAAAACCCACAACAACCAAUAAUAU